AGAUUUUAUUUACAGAUAAACGACUUAAGAAAUUAAAAAAAAAAUAUAGAUUUCUGAUUCAGAAGUCACCGGCUUAAAAAAAAAUUUAAAAAAAACAAAAAGUGUCUGAAAUUAUUAUUACUUUGUUUGCUUUUGAAUUUAACGUCUAUGACUGAUCAACACACUGUGGUACAGAUGGAUAAUUUAACCGAAACACAAAGAGAUCGGUCAAAUUCUCGAGAAAGAUCAGGCACAAGAUCUCCUCAACCUCGAAGAAGGGUAACCAGAGCAGUAUCUGAAGCGGAAGACGAUGGUAAUAAUGAUGGACCUGAUGUAUUGGACCCAUCACCAGGUGUAGAUGACGGUUUAUUAGAUGCCGAUGGCAGAACCAUUAGAAACGGUCCAACAAUACCAAAUGGUGACGUACAACCCAAUGAUAUAGGCCAUAGAAGGCCAAGUUUCCGACCACCUUUUCCCUUUCCCGUUCCCGAAAAUAAUGGACGAAGAACUGUUAUGGUCGAUGGUGUCGAAAUGCCAGUUCCAGAUGUAAAUGCAUAUCAGCACAAAAAAACUUUUGCCCAGGGCAUGAUGGAUUUAGCUCUGCUUACAGCCAAUGCCAAUCAAUUGAGAUACGUAUUGGAAUCAUACAGAAGACAUCCAUAUUUUUAUCCAAGUGUGAUUUGCAUCAGUAUGAGUAUCAUUGUUCAAGUUGCAGUUGGUGUUGGUUUGAUUCUAAAUAGUCAAUACAACAUCAAUGACGAAAGUGAAAGAUGCAAAGCAAAUCGAAUAAGUAAUUUAACAAUCAUUGGAAUAUUCAUUGUCACAGUUGUAAAUGUGUUUAUAUCAGCGUUUGGUGUUGCUGAUGCUCCUGAUGGCGUAUAAACUAACAAAAACAAAAUGUAAAGGUUUAAUCCUUUAAUAUAAUUUAAGAACAAAAUAUUAUAAAUAUUGUAGUUUCGCACUCUUUACACUCACCUCGAAUACGAAAAAUUCUAAAAUUUUGCAUUUUGUAACAAAUUUUUAUGCUCAAAUUUAUCAUAAAAAAUAAUUUAAGAACAAAGAUUUAAAAAUUGUAAAUAUUUUAAGAAAGAAAAAAAAAUCAAAUAAAAAUUUUGGCCAAUUUAAUAUGUACCUAAUUUUAAAAA